UUGACGUGUUGUGUAUAAAAGGAGAACAUAAUGUGUGAAACAAACACCUGUUGGCCACAGAAACCUGUACACACACUGGAAGUCAUGAAGCUGACUGUGUUGCUCUGUUCUGUCCUGCUGCUCUCUGUCUCUGUCACUUCCCUGGAGGAUGAGACUGCAGCUCCAGACAGUGAUGAGAUGUCUGGAGUACCAGACCAAGAGGCUCUGGCUGAACCCAGAGAACUGGACUGUGAGAAGUAUGAAGGAGGAACCUGCACCAAGCAGUAUGAUCCAGUAUGUGGCAGUGAUGGAAUAACCUAUGGCACCGAGUGUGUUCUCUGCCAGCAGAACAGACAACAAAAGAAGAAUGUGAAAGUGGAAAGAGAAGGGCAAUGCCCUCCCUAAGACACACACACACACACACACACACACACACACACACACACACACACACACACACACACACUUCUUCACACUUCUUCCUUCCCUGUAACUUGCCUUCCCAAUAAAGUUACAUACCGCAAGCUGA